AUUAAUUUCAAUUAAAUCUAACUUUUAAAUCUAAUUUUUAAAAUCUAUUUUUAAAUCUGAUUAUUUAUUUAGAUAUAUAAAUAUAUGUAUAUAUAUAUAUAUAUUUAUACAUAUGUAUGUAUAUAUGCAAAAGAGCAAUUGCAGUAAUGUCCAGCUGUCAGAAGGGUGAAGCUGGAUCAUGCUGGUCACGAUGGAGAGAAACAUGGGAGGCAGCUGCAGAGGGGUCAGUGAGGCUGGGAAGCCAAACUUUUAAGGAGGUGUUUAGACAGUGGUCAAAUACUCCUGCAGUUUUUGUGCUUUUAAUGAUUCAAUGAAGUUAUUAGAAGUGAACUAAAUGUGUGCAAUUGGUUUAGGCCACUUAAUCUAUUCUGAGAUCCUGAGAUCUUCUGCUCUGGGGUGGGUGGUGUGCUGCUCGUGUCUUUGGCCAAGACAGGGGCUUUCAGGAGCCUGGGCAAUCCAGAUGGAACUCUGCCUGACAUACUGCAGUGGCUUUUAGGAUUUUCAUAGGAGGCUCUUGGGUGGGCUCAGCUGAAGGAUAAUAUCUAAACAAAUGUUGCAGAGCUUAGUCUGAAUCUGACUCUUUCCAGGUUUAAUCUUCAGGCACAGAGGAAUGUAAAGGGAUCUGGUUGCUGAACAGCCUAAGAUUCUUCUGGAAAAAUCCAAUCCAAAAUUUAAAGUUUUGUAUUUGUUAGGAAUAAAUGCAAUCAUUCCUGUUUGGCCUGCACAACACAACAUCACCUAGAAACAAACAAUGCUGACAGUGUGGGGUAAUUGUUCAUAGACUAGGCUGUUAAACAAAACAAAACUCUCUAGCAUUCAAAAUUAAAAUAAACACUGCUAGUUAAUUUCAGUGAGGGAGACGUCUGAUGGUCUUGGAUGAGAUACACAAAUUAAAACCAUUUGGAAUUACUUUUAUGAGUUGUUCUUGUUUUAUUAAUGGUAUUAAGUUUUAACACAUUUGUACACUAUGCAGAGAAUGGUUAUAUUCAACAAACCCUGACUGCAUCUUUAAUUACUUCACAUUAUCCAGAAAGGAGCAAGAGCAAAAUGAAAGGGGAGGAAAGAGCAUGUGAAUUACUGUGAUUCCUCCCUCCUUGCACUGAUUUGGAAUCUCUUUUCUUACAAUAUGGCCUAGGAAGGGUUUACCUUGAACUUAAGCCUGCAGCCAACAGAAAUAGGAAAGUGAUAUAAGUGACACUAUGGGCCAGGCUUGCAUGUAGCAGGUUUUGUAUUUAACUGGUUUUCUGUAUUUUCUGGAUGUAUAAAAAGGGUUCUCAAAUGCUUACUGCCAUGUGGCACAGGAAGCCAGGUCCUGUUUAAGAGGUUUUAAUGUGAUGUUAAAACUCAAUUACUUUGCAAACAGACUUUAAUUGCUGAGUUUUGUAUAGAAACUUGUUGGUGAUUUAGUUAGUGAACAUUAUAGAGAAUGCAGAUUUGCAAAGAGCAGCAGAAAUAUUUGUUAUUCAUGGUUUUAACCAUGAUAUCUGGGGGGAAAAGAAGUGGGAAUAUCUUUACCUAUGAUAUUAGUGAGAUUAUUGGAGUGCUCUGACCCGUUUCAGAAAGAACACUGGGAAAAAAUCGAAAAGCUCAAGAGCAAUAGCAGAAUUAUCUGACAUCUGGAAAUUCAUUUUUUACCAGGAGUCCUGAGCUAUGCCUAAUUACUAAGCCAAAAUGUUUUGUCUGAUCAUUUAAAUUCACACUUCUUCACGUGGAAUGACAAUGGGAUUGGAAGUGUCACAGGGCUGCUCAGCUUCAUCUCCUCAUCCCAGCACGGCCUCAGCACAGCACCAGCCACCCUCUGAACCUAGAGCUCUGCUGUAACUUCUGUGACUCUUGUGUGCCCCUAUCCCAUGAUGCUUGAAAGGCUGGAAAAUAUUUUGGGAGUCUUCAUGGUCUGCUGCAGACCCAUCAGCCAGGCUAUGGAACAGCAGUCUUGGCACUGAGCAUGUGCCCAGGAUUCAUUGUGGCCCUAAAAUACCAGCAUGGGCAUAUGGGCACAGCAAGGCAUGACCGAGAGAUGGCAAUCAUUGCAAAAAAAAGCCUGCCCAAAAUCACUAACCCUUUAGAAAGACUUCGCAUGCAGUGUUUAGCAAGGGGAUCUGCAGGCAUCAAAGGACUUGGCAGAGCAUUUAGGAUUAUUGACAGUAACAAUAGCAGAACCCUUGAUUUCAAUGAAUUUCUGAGAGGACUACAUCAAUACGCUGUGAUGAUCACUAAGGAAGAAGCACAAGAGGUUUUCCAGCUAUUUGAUAAAGAUGGCAGUGGAACAAUUGAUUUUGAUGAAUUUCUUGUUACACUAAGACCUCCCAUGUCCAAUGCAAGAAAAGAGAUUGUCAUGCAGGCAUUUCAGAAGUUAGACAAGACUGGAAAUGGUGUCAUAACAAUUGAAGACUUACGCAGGACAUAUAAUGCAAAACAUCAUCCCAAAUACCUAAAUGGAGACUGGACAGAAGAUCAAGUUUUUAGAGCCUUUCUGGAUAAUUUUGAUUCACCCUAUGACAAAGAUGGGAAAGUCACAACAGAAGAAUUCAUGAACUACUAUGCCGGAGUCAGCGCUUCAGUAGACACAGACGUCUACUUUACCAUCAUGAUGAAGAAUGUUUGGAAACUCUAAUUGUGUACUUAAAGAAGCAAAACUUUUCUUUCACCUUUUAUAGGGUCCUCUAAUAAAGUGUGUGCACAGCAACACCCUC